AUGUCGCUCUCCCUGUCUCCUCUGCUCGACGCGCUACCGACGGACUUUGUACCCGAGUCAAGCGGACUUAUCCACCCCCGCCCAACUGUCACUGCCUCGUCUGCGUCGUCCAUCUGGAGAGAUCUCCCCGAGGCUGUAUUUCGCCAACAUGUCAUUACGUUGGAGAAGCUGACCAAUGCUGUUCCUGUUGACGCCAAAUCUUUCCCGCUCCCAUCCCAAUGGACAACUUCUUCAGAUGGGUCUGCGGAAUCUCGUGCUAAAGUGCUUGCAGAUGGUUCUGCAGAGACCAUUGUGACGGAUGCCCACUACCGAGAGUCCGCAGAGCAACUCAAACAUCCCCGUCCCCGCCUGUUGACAAUUUCCACGGAGCAGCGUCUGGCAGAUGAUAUUGCCUACCUUGUCGCCGUUGGAGAAGGAGCACAGUCCGUUGCUGCUGCCACUGUCCAGGAAGGUCGAAUAAAAGUCGGCAUGGCAACUGAAGGCCCCGAUGGAGGCCCCAAUCAAGAUCAACAAGCACUCCCAGCAGCAAGCCUCAAGGUCACCAUCGCCUCCGCAGAUGCGAUCGAGCCCAACUCCCAGGCUUUCCUAUGCUCUGUUUUCCAAAUACUCUCUGCCCCGCCGCCUGCCAAGCCCUUACAUAGCCUCUUGGACCUGGUCAUCCGGCAUCAUCAAGCUCGCCUUCUCAACCGCCUUCGAUCCGCCAAAUGGAAGAAGCCAACCUAUCUCUCCCGUACUCACAAGAAACCCCUGUAUGCCGACUUCGCCAACCUCAUCCACCGUUCACAAUUCCUUUACUCCAAAAGAGAAUCAACCACGCGGGCUAGGCUAGAGCGCGAACUCUCGGAGAUGGCCGCCCUGCUAGAAGCUUUUGAGACGGAAUCAGACGACCACGAGAAGCUGGUCGAAAUCACUCAGUCUAGCUACCAGCUUUGCGCGUCGCCCCUUAUCGCAAAUUACCUAGAACGCUUACAAGCCAUAAGGGCAACAGCGCAAAUCCAGGCUUGUCUCAAAACUCUGCUUUGUCCCACACACAUCCAAUGA